GUAAAAGUAGAGUGUUCGUGCUUUACAGAAAUGUAUACAUAUUGAUUGACGUACAAGCUUGUGAAAGCGAUAACCUGUACAUCUGUUGCACGUGCUAGGUUUAUUGUUAUACACUGCAACACGAUGGAGCCAAGUCGAUUAGAUUCUCUGCUUGCAGGUCUGUAUCAAUCAUAGCCAUUGUAGUCGGUCGACUUUGCCAGAGAACAGCUAUAGGCAUCUAUACCACCAGCAACAAGGCUUAUAGUUUCAACUCCAGAGCUGCUAAUUUAGUGCCAUCUUCAGUGAAGUCCUGAAAAUAACUAUUUCUGAGGUGGUAGUGAUUCGAUCCGAGUCUUCGUGAAAUAAAAACUUUCUGAAAUAAUCUAAUAGAAUAAUACAUCAAAAUGGGAGGUAACCACAGCCAACUGACAGAGGAAGAGCUGGAGGAUUACAAGGAACUGACAUAUCUCACUAGAAAAGAAAUUUUCCAUACUUUCAAAGUGUUUACAAAUUUGGAUCCAGCAGGCGUGAAAAAAGAUAAAUAUAUAAGGAUUCCAGCAGAAACGAUACUCAACUUGCCUGAGUUCAAGAAUAACCCAUUCGCGGAUCGUUUGUGCAAAGUAUUUUCCUCGCAAGAUGAUGAUAAGUUAUCGUUUGAAGAUUUUUUGGACAUGAUAUCUGUCCUGAGUGAUGACGCUCAUCCUCGAAAGAAGGCGGAGUAUGCUUUCCGCGUUUAUGAUUUUGAUGAAGACGGCUAUUUGUCUCGGGAGGACAUCGAAACUUUAGUAAACAAACUGACAAACACCAAGAUGAACGAGAGAGAGAUCAACAGUUUGAUAGACAGUAUUUUGGAGGUUGCAGACCUAGAUAAAGACGGAAUGUUGUCUUUCCAGGAAUUCGAGCACGUCGUGACCAAGUCCAUGGAUUUUAAAAACUCCUUUCACCUUCGUUUAUAAGAAUCUUCUUCGGUGUUUAACAUGACACUCCAGAAGAAAUACAACAAAUCCUGAUUAAGCAGAAGUAAAUCACAAAAGCACCAAGGCAAUUUUCAAUGAAUUUCGGGAACAUUUACUUUGAUUUGUUUGGGCCUAAUGUGUAUUCAUAUCGAAAUUCAAGCACAGCAGCAAGAAAACUAUAAUAAAGGUAUUUGAAAUUUUCAU